UCUGGUUAGCACUUUCAGCAUGAGCUGGAUAAAAAAAGAGACCUGAAAAAGGCACAGAUGGAGACCAACAUUCCCCAACAUAGUUUAGUUCUGGAUGUCUCGACACGAUGAGGUACAAAACAAAAAAUGAUCGACAGAGUUCUUGAGCAACUUCCUGCAAUCAGACGUGUCCUGUUUGAUGACAGAAAGCACGGACACCUAAACCCAACAUGGCAGGACGUUUCUGUUCUUGAGUCCGUUAAUGCAGCAUAAAAACCUGUGGCUGACUUUACAGAUGUUCUGUCUGGGGAAAACUAUGUUACUGUGUCUUCAGUGAAACCUGUACUUGACCUUUUAAGGGAAGAUGUUUUAUCCCCUGACCCCAAGGACACAAUUCUGACAGCAAACAUUAAGAAAAAAAUGUGUGACGUCCUUGAUGGAAAGUAUAAGUCUGCUUCACUUCAAGAGCUCCUGAGAAAGGCCACUCUUCUUGACCCAAGAUACAGGGACCGCUUUGGAGGAGCUACAGAUAAAGAUGAAACUGAAGACCAGCUUCUAAAGAAGUUGAUGGAAAUGACAGAGGAAGAACAUAUAGUUGAAGAAGCAUCCACUAGCAGAGCUGCUGUGUCAGAAGGUGAUGAGUCUACAACACCACCGGCACCAAAAAAGAAGAGGCUGUGUGAUCUGCUGCAGAGCAGAAGAAGUCAAGCAUCUAUCCAUGACCAUGGGGUACCCAAAAGAGUCCAGGCAGACACUGAAUUAACACGGUACCUACAGGAAGAGGAACUAGAGACCUCUGCAGAUCCUCUUAUGUGGUGGCGAGACAAUGAAGCCAGGUUUCCUUUGAUCUCCAAGUUGGCAAGAAAGUACAUGUGCAUUUGUGCGACAAGUACUGCUUCUGAAAGAAUGUUCAGUACAGCUGGCAAUAUUGUGAGCCCUGUUAGAUGUUGCCUUAAGCCAGAAAAAGUAAACAUGCUUGUUUUUCUUUCUCGUAAUCUGUAGUUCAUUCAAUAAUUGUAAAAGAGAUAAUAUGCAGUUUGCAUAGUAGAAUUGACUACUAUUUAAGGCCUGUUCUGGUAUAGGCAGUUUAUUUUUGAUUGCAUUUUUAUUUUGAGUUAUUUUCAGAUACUUCAUUGUGUUUAUUUCUGAUAAAGAAUUUUCAGUUUUUGAAACACAUUCAUAAAAAAAGUACUUUUAAAUAUGUGUUGUGUAUUAAUAUUUACUGCUA